GGCAAAGAGGGGCGCAAAAAAUUGUCGCAAAAAAGAGCACAAAAAAUAUCCGCAAAAAGGGCACCAAAUUUUGCCGCAAAAAGCACCCCAAAUUACAGCGAAAACGGCCCAUACGAUGGAUCCACCAAGCGGCGCGGAGAAGGGGCACUCUUCGCUGCAGUUUUAACGUCGAAAUGAGUUGUGGCAAUCCGCGACUGGCAGGAUUUGCGGGGAGGAAAAAGAAAAAUAUUAUCGACUGUUAUCGGCGGUUAAGCGGUAGUUUAACAUCAUUUCGCGUGAAUUCGCUUCAGCUCGCGGCAGUUUAGCCCCAAUAGCGCGGCCGCUCGGCGCUACACACAUACGCGUGCCCAUUUGCGCUGCAUAUGCACACGGCUGUAUAGCGGUUUGUACAACAAACACACCGUCGCUGCGGCGCGCGAACUCUGCAAUGGUAAGCGCCGUUGCAGUGGUGCUGUCCCUGGUUCUCCUUUGCGCACAGCAUUUCCAGGCAAAGACGACCAAAAAAUAUGACUACAUCAAUCUGCUGGCCAGUAAUGACCACACGGACAAAAUAAAAGCGCUGAAGAAAUACAGCAUACAAGAGAAAAAUGCGCCAAUUAAAAAUAAGUAUGUUUUUUCGUGCUAUGGAAGUUCGGGGUACCAUAAGAGCAAAUUUUUGGAAAAGUUAUUCAACAUAUCGGCUGAAAGGAACAAUUUGAUCAACUUGGGAUUUAAACAAAAAAUUGACGUGUGGUUUGGGAAGGACCAAAAUAAUAAUUUGAACGUGGUGCUGGAUGUGGACUUGCUACAGAACAAGGAGUUUUACGAGGAGAACGUGGCCACCGUGUAUGAUUUUAAAAAAUUAAUCGACUUCAUUGUUGAGUCGACCAAUAGCGUCAUCGUGCCGCUGGCCAGUGGGGACUUGCAUUACCAGCAAGUUCACAACGGGGGGGAGAAGAAGAAGCAAACGAAGGAAAGACAAACCCAUUCAGCGGAAGAGAGGGAACAAAAAAAAGCAGCUACCUUCAUUUUGCCGAAAAAGGUGGAAAUAUUUUUAAACCAACUGAAUGAGAAGGGGGGAGAUGUACAUGUCUAUUUUGUGCUAAUAAAUGCCGAGGCGAGUGGGGAAAAAAAAAACUUCGACAAAGAUAUACCAUAUGAACAUUUCACCAAGGAGUUAAAAGAAAGAUAUCCCAAUUUGAAGAACAUUCACUUAAUGAAGCAAAACAAAGUGGGCCUCCCCCUGUUGCAAAAAAAUAACGUAAAUAAGUACACCUUUUUCGUGAAUAAGUUGGCAAAUCUCGCGAAGGAGGUGAAAAAUUUUGAAAAUUUUUGCCCCUUCAACGAGAAAUGUGUGUACAAUAUUUACGUAAUUGAAGAGUCAUACAACAAAACGUUGGACCAUUUUGAUGAAAUAAUUAACGAGUACGAAAAGGAAAUAACUCAGGGGAAGGUCAUUCCAAAUUAUGGUCAGCUUUCCUCCGAUUUGAUAAAAAAUAUGCUUUUCUUUUUUCACUUAUUAACCUUUGAACAGACGGGCACCAAAUUUAAGGACACCAUUUUGAAAAAACUGCAGCAGAGGUUUUUGGCACUGAUACGUAAACAAAUAGUCAAGCAGAUCAUCCUGAUUGAAAGGGAAAUUAUUAACAGGGGGAAGGAUGCCAUUUUAAAUGGGCGGCAUGCUAAAAGGGGCAAAGAUUUGCUCGGGAAUAGGGACGACAAAAUUGAAGAAUUGAAAAAAUCGCUAGUUAACACCUUCAAGCAAGAAGUUAACAAGUUAAUUCCGGCCGGAUAUUUUAAUCGGCAAAAUGACAUUUUUAGCAACCCCAUGAUUUCACAAUUUGAAGAACAAUUUGGUGAAAAGGUGGAGCAGACACUACAUAAUUAUUUCCAACUGAAUCAGAGCCCUUUAAAGAAAUUAUUUGAAAAGAAAAAAAUGGCACAGGAGGGACUGCCCAAGAAGAACAAGUGGUUUAACCCGUCCCUUAAUUUUAACUUAACCCUGACUUCGCUCGUUAGGAAAAGUGGGUAUGGAAAUUUGCAGAGCUACUUUAUUUACGAUUUGGGCCUGCUGACCUUCGUCUUUGGGCUGCUCAAUGACAGGGACACCCCCGAGGUGCAGCAGCAGGGCGAUAAGGUGCCCUUCUUCAAGUUCCAGCCCAAGGUCAACCUCAAGCUGAAUUUUAGCUGA